CUCUGGACGGGGCAUUGUUUGGGUUCGCACGUGCGAUCGCAUGGAAAAAUUUCCUCCCUCGCUCAGCCCGCACACACAGGGCCAGGGGGGUUUUACUUCAGGACCCCGCUUUCGUCUGCAUCUGUGUCUGUCUGUCGAACCAGGAAUACGACGACCCCUUAAAACCGAGUUAGGGAUCCUGAGUGGACUCACUCGCCCUCGUUCACUCGUCAGCUCAUCCGUUCAUAGUUGCAAUCUCUCAGAGUCAACCUCUUCUUUUCUUCCUCCUAGGUUCGGAAUUUUCCCUCUGCUCGAUCCUUUCUUUCUCUCUUCCCAUUUCCCGCUUUAUGUAUACUGAGAUUGUUUUUGACGGUUUUGAAAAUUCAAGGUCGUCUGCGCUUAAAUCUGGUCCAAUUAUGCCUGAAUGUAUGUUGUUCUGGUUGAAUUGUUUCCUCUUAUUCACUUCCUAGCCGAGAAAAGUAACUGUUGGAAUGGAGAGUGUAAAAGGAAAAGGAAGAAAAUGAUGUGAGAAUGUUUAUGGGGGAUGGGAUUCCGUUAAAUUUUAUUAAUUUUGUGAAAUUGCCGGUGUUCUUUGCGUUCUUCUAUUGAAUGAGCUGAAAAUUUCCGGAUUCCUGGAUGAUUUUCGUUGAGCUCUUUGUUCUGUUUCUCUAACAUUGUGAUUUUCCAUCCUUGCUUUUCAUUUUGGUGAUGCUCCAUGGAGGGUUUUGGUAGAUGUCACAUUCAAGGGAAGGAAGGCAUGGACACUCCAAGUCUCCUUCACCACGUCCCUCAGCUGCCUCUCCUCCUAGAGCUCGAAGGUCGAGAUCGCUGUCCCGGUCACGAAAAAGUCGCUCCAGAUCAAGGAGCCGAGAAUCAGUUGAAGCAUACAAUCCUGGAAAUAACCUGUAUGUGACUGGUUUAUCCACUAGGGUUACCUCCAGUGAUCUUGAGAAGUUCUUUGCCAAGGAAGGAAAGGUACUGGAGUGCAAUCUGGUACUUGAUCCCCGCAGCAAGGAAUCCCGUGGAUUUGCUUUUAUCACCAUGGAGACCACCGAGGCUGCUGAACGUUGUAUCAAGUACUUGAACCGUUCUGUGCUUGAGGGACGAUUGGUCACAGUGGAAAAGGCUAAAAGGUCUCGUGGCAGGACACCAACUCCCGGAAGGUAUCAAGGCCUGAGAGAGAGACGAGGUACGUGCUCUUUCAUACAAUGUAUCCUUUUGUUAAUCAAGCACCGAGCGUUUGAGGGGUGACUUCGCUUGGUUAGUUGCUUGAUCAUUCGUUUUUUCCUGUGAAUUGUCACUAUAUCAUUUUUGCUUGGAAUUGCUUCUCCUUUUUCUACCAGCCUCGUAACUACAUAGAGUUAUGUCAUGUGGGGUUCCUCAACUAAAAUUUCUUUCCUGUGGUAUUACAUUUGGUUUUUCCAUCAUUCCUAAAUCCUAAUCAAGUCAUUCACUGUUAAUUUUUCGUUAGGUAGACUGUUAAAGUAAUUUCUUAAUCAGGCCUAAAUUUCAUAUGAAUGACACUCAACUAAAUUUGAUUCCUGAAACCAUAGGCUCCUUCAAAAGCUCACGGCGUUGUCACAUUCUAUGUAAUUUUGCAGGGCGUGGUGGUCAGAGGCGCUCGCGAAGCCACUCACCUCGUAGACGUGACCACCGAGAGCGAGAGAGAGAUCCGUACCCAAGGGAUCGACGAGGCAGAUCACGGUCACCAUCUGGAAGAAGGAAGGAUGAUCAUCAUGAUACCCAUAGAAGGCACAGAGAAAGCUCUCCAUCAGCAGACCGCAGCAGCCACCGUAGGUAGACGACAGAUGAUUGAUGGGGUUGUGACGAAAGAAUCAUCCUCUACCUACUGUUAUAUCCAGAGUUAUCGUUGUGAAGGAUUGAUUUUAUUGGGGGGGAAGCCCUUAACAGUUGUGCCCAACUGGGUUAUGUUUGUAUACUCAUUUAGUAUCCGCAGGAUUUUCCUGGCUAACCUGUGUAUCUCGGUUCGUCAUCUGCUGUAGCUCUAUCAUCUAACUUCGGAUUUCUGGUUAUUUUCUUCUGUUCAGCUUCCUUGUCGUUGAAAAAAAAACUUUUGGAAUUCACCUGGUUAAAAUUGGAUGGCUCGACGAGCGCCAUCUUCAUCUUUGGUUAACCGAUUAGCUUUCAUUUAGUGCAGUUAAUGAAAUUCUUUGAGAAGUUAUAUCCAAGCUUAUAAGCCUGGUUAAUGGUUAAUUAUAAGAUUUUUUUUUUUUGACAAAAAGGUUAAUAAUAAGAUCAAUGCAGUAAAGUUGAGUACUAAAAUUUUAAAAUUUGAUUUUAAAAUUUUAUUUAAUUGUAUUAAAAAUAAGCAUCCUGCAAGACGACGCUGCCUGCAACACACUGGACUUGAAACAAAUUCUCAAAAUUCAAUUUAAUUUUUCUUAGUUGAAUAAAUUCAAUUUCAUUUCCCCCCUUCUAAUGUAUAGGCGCUUCUGAAUUUCCCUUUUGAUGUAUGUUUGUAUAGUCAGCAGUACUAUAUCAUAUGUAUCACCAGUCAUCAUCAUUUCUAUCUCCAAUUUCAAAAAGGAAAAGAAAGGACAAAAAGCUCUUUCCUUUUCCCUCAGUCGUCAUGGUCCAUGAAACCGUUUUGGAGACAGUUAUGGAAAAAACAGCGAUAAAAUAUUUUAUGAUAAAAUUAUAAUUUAAUUGUAAUUCAACUAUUAGUACCAUUAAAUAUUGUCUACUGAUUUAAUCUCUAAUCUCUAAUAUUGAUAUAUUAUGAUUGAAUCGUCGAUACAAUUUGAUGGACCAAGCUUGCAAUGCCAUAAUCUCUAAUUCUCUAUUCAUAUUACAAACGUGGAUAGGGUUGGGGGUGGUUACUGUGUAUAAAUUGCGAAGAAAAUGCAAAUCGUUGCUUUGCUGCUAUAAGAUCCGACAGCUGUGUCUCUGACACGUUUACGCCAUUCACACCCACAGCUCUCUCUUUCGCGCCAGUCGGCUCGGCUUGCAGGGGGCGGCUGCCUGUUCUUACAAUUAUUUUGAUUUGACUUUUGCAGUUUUGCUUCAGCCGGGGUUUUCCAGCUGGCACUUUUUAAGGUUAUUUGGAAGUUACGAUAGUUUUGUUGAGAUUGUCAUUAUGCAUGUAUUGUUUAUAAUGCAUCGUUUUUUGUUUUUUAGCAGAAAUAAUACAUGGAUUGUUUCUGUAAUGUGAUAGAAACUAUCACUCAUUUUGAGUGAUUGUUAUAUCUCAACUUUUGGGGUCAUUUGAACCUCUCCCAACAACUUUUGGGGUCAUUUGGAAGUUGCGAUUGUUAAAUAGAUGUAUUGUUGAGAAUGCAUGUAUAAUAUUAUACAUGUAUUAUCGAAUUUGAUGCAUUGUAGAAUACAACGUUUGGUAUGUGUGAUUGUGUAUAUCGCAUCAGCUAAAAGCUGAGACAAAACAAUCACAACUCAACUAUCUCAACAAUCACAACUAAAAGUUGAGAUAUAACAAUCACUCAAAAUGAGUGAUAAUUUCUGUCACAUCAUAGAAACAAUCCAUGUAUUGUUUUUGCUAAAAAAAUAAAAAAGCGAUGCAUUGUAAACAAUACAUGCAUAAUGACAAUCUCAACAAAACAAUCACAACUUCCAAACGACCCCUUUAGUUGUGAUUGUUGAGAUAGUUGAGUUGAAAUGGUAUGGGUUAGUAUAGAAGUAUUCACCUAGCAAAAAUUUAUCAUAAUGGUAUGGGUUAAUGUAUUGUUGUGUUUGUUUGAAUUGACUUAGUCUUUUAGCAAUUUUCAUAAAAAAUACCUUGCUUUCAAGUUUUCACCCAACAUAAUGUAUGAGAUUUAUCUAAAUUAGGCGUUCAUAUGUUGUGGUCUACACUCUACAUAUACAAACAUACAUUAUAGGAACAAUAUCAAGCUUUAUAUUUUUAUGAGUCUAAAAUGGAUGAACGUUUAACUCUUGAGUGGUUAUUCAAAGUAUUAAGUAUGUAUAUAGUAGAUAUAUGGCUAGUUAUUUAUCUGGUUAAUUUGGUUUGACUGGUUAGGAGUGUCUGAAACCAAAUCAAACCAUCUAAACCAAACAAGCUAAAACCUUUAACCAAACCAAACCAAUUAUCCAAAUUAACCAAACCAAAUUAUCCAAAUAGUACUAGUUAAAACCGUUACCAUAAUAACCACGCCGUUUGAACACCCCUAUACUUCAUAAUCAAGCAGCAGUAACAUUAAGCAGCGCAACCCAGAAUUAAUAAUCGAGUUAAUGGACAAAUUAAUGUUCGAUACACAUACCGUACCCAAUCCCGUUCCUGGGGCCAACAUCUUGAAAUAUCCAGUUGUCGGAAACAUUGGAUACACUUUCUACUUGGCCACCACCCUCAGCAAAGAUGGGAUGCCUUUGGCCCCAUUAAAUCCAUCCAUAAUUAUUGGAUACGAAAAAAGUAGAUCCAAGGGCAUCUAUUAUUUUGUACAUACAGAAAUUAUCUAAAUUAACAUAUACUAAAUACUCUUUCUCCACGCUAUAAUCUAUCAUGCUUAUAUGUGUUAUACAGUGUUAUUUUGUAAAAAAAUUGAUAACAGAAUAAGGAUGAUUACACACAACACAUGGUUUUACAUUGCUCGACCAAACUCACUGCGCAUGAAUUAGGGAGGUUUCACGCAAAGUAAGUUAGACUUGGAUCGAAUAUGAUUUUGCUUCAAAUAAGAUAGGUAUUAAAAUGAGUAGUUUGUAUCACGAUUGACCAUAUGAUAUAUGCGAUUAUUGAUUCUGUUGAUUCGCUUGCUAAUUUGAACAAUUUUGUAAGGUGAUCUUAACGUAAAAAUAAAAUGCGAGUUACCUUAUUAUGUGACAGACCAAAAAGUUUAUCUAGCCUUUUCCUCUUCCAAAAAAUUUAAUCAAACAAAAAAUUAAGUCAAAUCAAAAUUAAUCUAUCUAACCAGCACAAUCUACAAAAAUAUUUCAGAAAAUACAACUGGAGUCCCGAGAAGCAAAAUCGACGACCAAGGGUUGGAGGCUAAACGUUGACUUGGGGUUUCGUUCACACAAACAAUUGAAAAAGACGAAACGGAGAGCAGUCCAAUCUUGCUUUUUUUUUUGUUGCUACGUCAAUAUCGUAAUGGUUGAGAAAUUUAGAAGUUAUUUUUACGAGUUUGAUGAAAAAAGUGAAGAAAUCGUGAUUCAAUUAACUUAUUUUAGUUUAUAAUUACAUUUAAUUUUUUUUAACAUACUAACAAAAUGAUUAGUAAAGUAAUGGACAUAUUUUUCUAAGUAACUGCAGUGUCCCAAAUUUGAAUCACAAAAUCACCUUUUUCAUCAUUUUCCCCAAACUCAAACUAUUAAAGAGAUUCAUAACAAAAUUAUGAAAAAUUUGGAGUAACCCAAAUCACACGGUAAAAACGACCUGGAUCUGCCACUGACCUUAUUAUGUUACUUACUCAAAACAAUAAAGGUAAAAUUUGUUGAAGAAACAAUAAUUUGAGCAACAAAUUGGCUAUUAGUGGUAGUAACUACUAACUAGUAAGGCCAUGCAUGUUAAUUGACCUAAUAAUUAGCAGCCCCUACCUAGCACUCUUCUCUAGUAGUGCAGCAGUAAGUAAUGAUGAUUUUUCCAACACCAACUUCCGGUCAAGGCAGCGAAGCGCUACCCUUUCCAAAUAACGACAAAGAGGCUUCCCAAGAAAACCCACAAACAAAUACCCAAAAAAGCACAAAAUGCUGGGCGAGCCGAUUAGUCGACCACGAAGCCCCAAGCACAGAAAAUAUUAAAUAGAAAGUAGAAACCCUGUCCUCUAAUUUCAAAGCCCGUUUGUUUACAGGAGACGACGGGGGAUAGCCGGUGAACCGGCGGGCAGAGAGGAGAGCCAAGGCGCCGUACGGGUGGUCGUUGCCUGUUCCCAUUCUUCGGCCUGGCCACGGGCAUGGCGGUUGGGUAAUGCAUUUAUAGUGUGUGAGUGAAAGUGUUGCUCUCCCUUCUCUCUUCUCUUCCUCCCAUCUUUUUCCAAAAAACAUUCUCUCUCUCAUCCUCCCUCUCCGAUUCCUGUGCUCCUCUCCUCUCUUCUCUUCUCUUCCCUUCUGCCGUUUCAAAUUCCUCUCAUUCUCUCUCUUACUCCGUCCGACUGUGGCCAUUGAUAAUUUAGUAGAAUUCUUUCUAGCUUGGUACAUGUAAUCAAGAGGUAACUCCCUAUUUUCUUUUCUCAAUUGGGUCUUGGUUUCUUUUAACGGAUGAAUGAAUAGGUAUGGCGGAAUUCUCUCUUUUUAUUUAUUUAUUUAAUGACUUACUGCGAUCCUGGUCGAGCAAGAAAUUUCUUUUAUUUGGGGUUUAUGGAGCAUAUCGACUAGAAAGCUUUGCUAAAGUUGUGCCGAUUGGCAAAUGGCAAUGCUAUUGUUUAUGCUUCACCUUCUUUCAGAGUACCUGAUCGAUUUCCGCAAUUUGGUUUUCAUUUCAAGGAAAAGCAAACAUUGUUUAAUUCAAUCUUUGGUAAUCAAAAACCAUCUUCAGGUGAGUUUUGGACUGUUCUGGACGAAGAGAGAGACAGAGAGGGUGGAAUUUUUUUGAAAAAGGAACGCGCACACAGACAAACAAAACAAGAAUGUUGGGUUUGUUUGUUGCAGGGUUGAGUGGUAUUUGUGUUAUUGUUGUAAUGCCAUUGCAGCUUCGUUCGAGGAUGAAUUAUUAUUAUUAGCUUGGACAAAGAAAGAAUCAUCUCUUCUCUGUUCUUAUCUGAUUCGAAACAGUAGUAGUAUGUUUCAUUUAUUGCUUUCAAUUCUAGUCCGUGAUUCCGUCCAUUUCUCACUCUCUCUCUCUCUCUCUACCCUCUAAUCUAUCUGUCUCAGGGAGUAGAGUAAUAAAUUGCUUCUUUCCCCUGACAGGCUCCAUCCAAUUGCUUCUUCUGUGCUCUGCAACCAACUCACUCCACUCCACUCUGACUGCAGCUCGGAAUUUUAGCAACUUGAGCGCAGCUGACAGUUAGCAAUUACCCAUCAGAGCUUUUCAAGAUUGCUGGAUUAGGGUUCUUCUGGGGAAGUGGAGGGAUUAAAAGUGGCGGGCUGGAUUGUUGUGAGUCUGGCCGUGGGGUGGUGAUUAGAGAGAGAGAAAGGAGUGGAAAAAAAGAAGAAGGAUGUUGGUGAACAGUGAGUUUUGCUCUGCUCGCAUGCUGUCACCUUUUAGAGACGAGAGU